AUGUCAUCCCCCUUUCCAGCAGACACACCAAGUAGCAAUAGACCUUCCAACUCCUCUCCGCCCCCAUCGUCAAUAGGUGCUGGGUUUGGAAGUAGUAGCGGUCUCGACUCACAAAUAGGCUCAAGGUUGCAUUUUCCAAGUUCAUCCCAGCCGCAUACCACUAAUUCACAAGCAGGUCCUUUUAUUAACGAUUCCACUCAGUUCAGUUCUCAAAGGUUACAUACCGAUGGUUCCGCAACUAAUGAUGUAGAGGAAAAUGAACCUACUAGAAACUUCAGAAGUAGAGCUUUGAAUCACGUCAAGAAAGUUGAUGACGUUACCGGUGAAAAAGUUCGCGAAGCUUUCGAACAGUUUUUGGAAGAUUUUUCUGUUCCAUCUACGGAUACUGGUGAAAUCGAGAAAGUUUAUAGGGCACAAAUUGAAUUUAUGAAAAUAUAUGACUUAAACACCAUUUACAUUGACUACCAACAUUUAUCUAUGAGAGAGAAUGGUGCCCUAGCUACGGCUAUUUCCGAGCAGUAUUAUAGAUUUUUGCCUUUCUUACAAAAGGGAUUAAGAAGAGUAGUAAGAAAAUAUGCACCUGAAUUGUUAAACACAAGCGACUCCUUGAACAGAUCUGGGGGUGAUGAGGUCGAAGGAAACGCUGAACAACUAGGGGAUGAUGAUAUGAAUGGCUCAAGUUUACCAAGGGAUUCUGGGUCAUCUGUCGCACCAGGAAACGGGACAUCUGCCAUGGCAACGAGGUCUAUAGCAACUUCUACAUCUCCUGAACAAACGGAACGUGUUUUCCAAAUUAGUUUCUUUAAUUUACCAACAGUUCACAGGAUUCGUGAUAUAAGAUCUGAAAAAAUAGGCACAUUAUUGAGUAUAUCGGGGACAGUAACCAGAACGUCUGAAGUCCGCCCCGAAUUAUAUAAGGCAAGUUUCACAUGUGAUAUGUGCCGUGCUAUGGUCGAUAAUGUAGAACAGUCUUUCAAAUACACUGAACCGACAUUUUGUCCCAACCCAUCAUGUGAAAACAGGGCCUUUUGGACUUUAAAUGUUUCAAGAUCAAGGUUUCUUGAUUGGCAAAAAGUCAGGAUUCAAGAAAAUGCCAACGAAAUACCCACAGGUUCAAUGCCACGUACAUUGGACGUCAUUCUUCGAGGUGACAGCGUCGAAAGAGCCAAGCCUGGUGAUCGCUGUAAAUUUACUGGUGUAGAAAUUGUAGUACCGGAUGUUACACAACUGGGGCUUCCAGGUGUGAAGCCAAGUUCAACAUUAGAUACCAGAGGUAUUUCGAAGACUACUGAAGGCUUAAAUAGCGGUGUUACGGGCUUACGUUCCCUUGGUGUUCGUGAUUUGACGUAUAAGAUUAGUUUCUUGGCAUGUCAUGUGAUAAGUAUUGGCUCAAAUAUCGGUGCAAGUAAUCAUGAUACCAAUUCCGAUAACCGAGGAACUGAACUACAGAUGGCCGCUAACUUGCAAGCUAACAAUGUGUAUCAAGACAAUGAAAGAGAUCAAGAAGUAUUUCUAAACAGUUUGAGUUCCGACGAAAUUAAUGAGUUGAAGGAAAUGGUGAAAGAUGAGCAUAUCUACGAUAAAUUGGUUAGGUCCAUUGCCCCUGCAGUUUUUGGUCAUGAAUCUGUAAAGAAGGGUAUUCUACUCCAGAUGCUUGGUGGCGUUCAUAAAAGUACAGUUGAAGGUAUCAAGUUGAGAGGUGACAUCAACAUUUGUGUUGUCGGUGAUCCUUCUACUUCUAAAUCUCAGUUUCUUAAAUAUGUGGUGGGGUUUGCGCCAAGAUCAGUUUAUACUUCCGGUAAGGCGUCAUCAGCUGCAGGUUUGACAGCUGCGGUUGUGAGAGAUGAGGAGGGAGGUGACUAUACUAUUGAGGCAGGUGCUUUAAUGCUUGCCGAUAAUGGUAUAUGUUGUAUUGAUGAAUUUGAUAAAAUGGAUAUUUCAGAUCAAGUUGCAAUUCAUGAAGCUAUGGAACAACAAACCAUUUCUAUCGCCAAAGCUGGCAUUCAUGCUACCUUAAAUGCUAGAACUUCAAUUUUAGCGGCCGCAAAUCCAGUAGGUGGAAGGUAUAAUAGAAAGUUAUCACUAAGGGGUAACCUUAACAUGACGGCACCGAUCAUGUCGAGAUUCGAUUUAUUUUUUGUUAUUCUUGAUGAUUGUAACGAAAAAAUUGAUACGGAAUUGGCAGCCCAUAUUGUUGACUUACACAUGAAAAGAGAUGAAGCCAUUGAGCCGCCAUUUAGUGCUGAUCAAUUGCGUCGGUAUAUCAAAUAUGCACGUACUUUCAAACCAAUUUUAACUAAAGAAGCCCGGUCAUACUUGGUUGAGAAGUAUAAGGAACUAAGAAAGGAUGAUGCUCAGGGAUUCAGCAGAUCGAGUUAUAGAAUCACCGUUAGACAGCUUGAAAGUAUGAUUAGAUUAUCAGAAGCCAUUGCUAGGGCCAAUUGCGUCGAUGAGAUUACUCCAUCGUUUAUCGCAGAAGCUUAUGAUCUUUUGAGGCAAAGCAUUAUUCGUGUUGAUGUGGAUGAUGUGGAAAUGGACGAAGAAUUUGACAAUAUAGAAAGCCAAAGUCGCACCGAGUCUGGAAAUAAUGAUAACGAUAACGGCAAUGGUGACAACGAUGCUGAUAUAGGAGCUGGUAGGACAAUCAGCGAACCACCAGUAGAAAUAGGAAUGGGGCAAACCGAAGCUACGAGCCCUCCAGCUUCAGCCGAGAAAAAGAAAACAACAGUAACUUAUGACAAGUACGUGUCAAUGAUGAAUAUGAUUGUUAGAAAGAUUGCAGAAGUUGACAGAGAAGGUGCAGAAGAAUUAACAGCUGUUGACAUAGUCGAUUGGUACUUGUUACAGAAAGAAAACGAUUUAGGCUCACUGGCAGAAUACUGGGAAGAGAGGAAGUUAGCGUUUAAAGUUAUAAAAAGGUUAGUCAAAGAUAGAAUUUUAAUGGAGAUUCGUGGUACCAGACACAAUUUAAGAGAAAUGGAGCAUGUCGAAAAUGAAAGCAAAGUUGUUUACGUCAUUCAUCCAAAUUGUGAAGUUUUGGAUCAAUUAGAACCACAAGACUCUGUGUAA